AUGGAGGUUAAUUCAUCUACCUCUUUAGCAAACAAUGCAACGACAACAACAACAACAACAGUAUCAGAGUCCAAUGCAUCAUAUGAUUGUCAACCAUUAUUAAGUCAUCAUAUUGAAAAAGGUGAUAAAUAUAGGUUCUACUCGUUAUCAACUGAUUGUACAGGUGAUAAUGUUGCAAUAGGAAGUGAAAAGAAUCUAUUCAUUGCAAAUAUAUUCAAUGCUACAGAGGAAGAUAAUGGUGGAAUACAUUUUAGAAAGGUUUCAUCAUCAAAAGAUAUUGGUUGUAUAGUUUUAACAUGGUGUCAUUAUAAAUCAAAAGCCAAUUUGAUUGCAACUUCUAGUUCAAAUAAUCUGAUGAUUUGGGAUAUUGAGGGUGAAAAAUCAACACAUUCCUAUCAGAAAGCACAUCUUCGUAAUAUUACAUCGUUAUCGUGGAACAGCGCCGACACUGAUUUACUGGCGAGUUCCAGUGGCGAUUCGUUCAUCAAGAUAUGGGAUACUAGAAUCAAGCAGAUACCAUCGAAUAGCAUCGAUACAAAAUCAACACUCUCACAGGUGGCAUGGAAUCCUCAUUCCAAUUCAAUGUUGGCAUCCUCACAUCCCGGUGAAGUAAAGAUAUGGGAUGUUAGAAAAUUUGGAUCACCUUUGGUAUCAUGGAAUACACAUGUCGGCACAAUCAGAUCGAUCGAUUGGCACUUUGAACAAAAGAGUGUUCUUUUGACGUCUGGCUCUGACAAUGCAAUUAGAAUAUGGGAUGCAUCACCACCCAAUCGUUUGAAAAAGACAUUCCAAACAGGUCAUUCCUGUACAAAAGCAAAAUUCUUGCCUUGUUCAAAAAAUAAUGCAGUUGCAUCGUUUUCAAACAAAGCAUUGUUGAAUAAUAUAUCUAUAUGGUCAGGACAGGUCGAUCAACCAGUGAUCAAUUUGACUGGUCACAGAAAUACAAUCAUCGACUUUGAUUGGAGAAUCAAGCAUGUCAAUGGAGAGGAUCAACACUUCCUAAUAUCAAUUUCAAAAGAUAAUCAUAUUAGAAUGUGGAAAUUUCAAGAAGAUAUGAUUAAUGCUAUUGAAAAAGUAGCAACUGCAUCAGCAUCUGAAACAAGAAAAUCAUUGUUUGUACCGGUGGAUUUGGCACAGGAGUUACAACUGAUAUCAAUGCAAAAGUAUGAGAAUAUCGUCGUUGAAAAGACAUCAUUCAAUGAGAGAUUGUGUAUUAUAAAUAUCGAGAAUAGAAAGGUCAUUGUAAUCAUUUCACUACCAUCACUUUAUCCAUCUGCUCAACCUUGUUUUGAAAUCUUAACUAAAGAUUCUUCGACUCCCAUUACCAACGCAUUGAAAAUGAAACUUAAAAGAGAAUUUGAUGGAUUAGCAUUGGAAUUAAUGGAAGGACAAGCAAAGAAACCAUUCUUGUAUAAAUUGUUGAAUAAAUACAAUGAUAAUCACGUCAAUCAUAUUGAAUCGUUUAGGGAGAUCGAUGCAUUCAUAGACUCACCGACAGCCAUUCAAAAGAGAACUAGCAAGGAGCUGCGAGGUUUGUCAUCGAUUAGAUUGGGUGGCUCGAUUUCAGAGGAAGAUAUAUCUGGAUUGUCAUCGAGUCAGAGCAGCAGUGGAAGUAGCGAUGAAACACCACCUCUCAUUGUAACAAGCAGUAGUCUAUCGGCACCCGCUACACCUGAGCAACACUCUGUCGGUGCCGCUGGCUCUUCUACAUCGGCCAACAACAGCAUCAACCAAGCCAAUAGAAACAUACGUGGAGUAUCAAUGAAUGGCGUUUAUCCAGGAUCGUUCGCACCACUGCCGCCAAGCACACCCUACAACCUUAGUUCUCAAUCGAUCUCAUUCGAGAUGUAUCAAGUUAAAUCCACCGAUACUCUCACCGGAAUCUCACUGCAAUUCUCAAUGCCAAGAGAUAUCCUAAUACAAACCAAUCGUUUAUUCUCUGAGAAACUAAUACCUGGAACCGUAAGACAUCAUCUAUUCUAUUCCCUUUUGUUAAUUUAA